GGGCGCUCUGGCAUGUACUCGGUGUAAAGUUUAAUGUCUACCGUCAAAUACACUUCCUCCUUCUCAAAGUUUUAUUUUCACUUAAUAGCCCUUGGUACGAAGAGCAAAAAAUUAACUUACAUAUAGAUUCUACUUCCUGCUUUGGUAACCCGGCUCAAUAGAUUUACUUUACUUACUGUUUUUCAGUUGAUUAUUAAAUAAUAAUUGACUAAAUAAAUAAAUAGAGAUCGAAAUCUAGAGAUUUCAAUAAAAAUCAAGAGCAGCAGAGCUGUCAUUCUUCAGUGUUGUUUUUUUUCCUUUUUUGGAAGCGAUUGGUAACGCAUCUUUGAAAUCAAUCUAAUCUAGUUUCUAGUCUAGACUAGAAAUUUAGAUUUUGCGAUAGGCUAAUUUUCAGAAAUUGUCGGCUCCUGACAUCUGUCGACAUUUUUUAUGUUUUCAACAUCAAUGCAAGAACUAAAUAGUGAGAACAUUGGAUAAUAUAGUCAUCUGUUCUUUACAAAAGGAAAGCAAUGCCAAUGGACCAAGUACAAACAACGCCGUGGAAUGCAGGUGAUGAAGUUGUUGGGCUUUAUGAUUUCAGAGGUCGUUCAAGGGAUGACUUACCUUUCUUUAAAAAUGACAUACUUGUUAUAGUGCGUGCUACUUCAGAUCCUAACUGGUAUAAGGCAAAGAAUAAUAAUGGAGCGGAAGGAAUGAUUCCUGCUAAUUAUGUAAAGGCCAGAAAGAGAGUGAAUAUACAGCCGAUGCUAUGGUACCAUGGUAAGAUCGGCCGACAGGAAGCAGAGAGACUGUUGACACCAAGAGAGAAUGGUUUGUUUUUGAUUCGAGAUAGCAGCAAUUAUGUAGGGGACUACACACUUUGUGUUUGCUUCCAAGACCGGGUGGAGCAUUACCAUAUUAAGUACGCAGAUAACCUGCUGUCUAUAGAUGAUGAGGAAAAGUUUCAAAACCUGGAAGAACUUGUGCAGCAUUACAAAAAAGAUGCAGAUGGUUUAUGUACAAGACUGAUUCGACCACUUCCUAAACAGGGCGAUAGUUAUGGAACUGUUUGUGUUCAGGAUUUUUUGAAUGGAGGAUGGGUUAUAAACAGACAUGAUCUUCAACUGGGUGAACUCAUUGGAAAGGGCGACUUUGGAGAUGUCUACAAAGGUUUUUAUCAUGACAUACCUGUGGCAGCUAAACAACUAAAAGAUCAAGAUAGAGGAAGUCAGGCAUUUUUACAGGAAGCCUCUGUUAUGACUGGUCUAAGUCAUCCAAACUUGGUGAAGCUAAUAGGAAUUGUGCUGAAUGACUCAAUUAUUAGUAUUAUUGUAACUGAGUACAUGGGCAAGGGAAACCUUGUGGAGUAUUUAAGAACUAGAGGUCGAACAGUUAUCACCAAGAAAAACCAAAUCAAUUUUGCUACUGAUACUUGUGCUGCCAUGGAGUAUUUAGAGAGCAAAGAACUCGUUCAUCGAGAUCUGGCUGCAAGAAAUGUAUUGGUUCAUGAUGAUGGUACUUCAAAGGUAUCAGAUUUUGGUUUAGCCAAAUUUGUUGACUUCAGUUUUAGUAGUCAAAAAUUUCCUAUUAAAUGGACUGCCCCUGAAUCUCUAAGAAACAAUAGUUUCACAAACAAAUCAGAUAUGUGGAGUUUUGGAAUACUACUGUGGGAAAUCUACUCUUUUGGUCGAGUGCCAUAUCCUAGAAUACCUUUAACAGAUGUUGUGAUGCAUGUAGAGAAGGGAUAUAGAAUGGAAGCUCCAGAAGGCUGUCCUGCAGAGAUUUAUGCCAUAAUGAAAGAAGCCUGGGAGAUGGACCCAGAAAAGAGACCCACUUUUCAUGAAGUACUUUUAAAGUUACAUAAUCUUCAAGCUGUAACAGUCUAGUAUUCUGAUUUUGUUUGCUUUUAAUUGUCUGUCAAAAUAUUUGCUGUACAUAUUGUUUUAAGAAAAGCAUGGAUUUUUCGGUAGUAACUGUAAUUUGUAAUUGCUGGAGUCUUUAAAUAAUGGGCCCACCAAUUUAAAACAUGCAGUUGUUGUAGAUAUAUACCUAUAACAAAAUAUUGAUGGCUUGUUAUUACAUAAAAUGUUUAUUUCAUUUGCUUUAUAGUAAUUAAAGUGCUAAUGGAAAAAAUUCAUGUUUUCCUCCAUUUUUGUAAUUAAGUGCUAUAUUUCAUCAUUGUAAAUUCUUUUCUCAAGGUUGGCUUGUAUUAUUUAUACUGUACUUGCAAUUGCAACAACUUAUUCUAAUUAUAUGUUUAUGAAACAACUAGAUCUAAUGGUAUGUUAGAGAUGAGUAACAAUUAGACCUAAUGGUAUUUUUGUGUAUAGCUGCUCUGUAUAACAAAAAGGUCAUAUGAGAUCUUGUAUGUUUGCAUGUAACAACCAGAGUUGAUGUCUGAUUCUGUGAUCUUGUUGGCACUAGCAAACAUAGAAGUUGUGUUCAAGUAUUAGUAGAACACUGAAUCCAAAUAGAAAAAAAAAGUGCCUUAAUUUUAACCUCCCCCUUGUUUGAUGAACCAUAUCACACUUUUCUUAUGUUUAAACUUAUUAUAAUCACAAUAUUAAACUGAAUAUUGUCUCCGUAGUGCGUUAUCACCAUGAGUUUCAUAAAUGACUAUGGGCUUGAGAUAAGGAUUUAUUAUUCUAUACAAGAAUUUUAGUUUUUAAAAAAAAAAUUUAGGAUUUCCCAUUGCAAUGUUUACACAUUCCACUUCCAAUAGUUUGACAUGGCACAAUUUUGGCUAUUGCAUUUAGGUUUAAAAUAACCAUUUUUAAAAAUAUGUAUUUAUAAUAAAUGGUCUCCAGAAAUAAGGGCUUGGAUUAAAUUUUUAUACAUUUUUGUGAUGAAAUUUCAUUUGUUUGUAUCAAAUUUCUGUCCGAACAUUUCAUGUAAGUUUUGUAACAAGACUUUGUUGUCUGUACAUUGUGCCAUCAUUAUGUUUAAAUGUUGGAUUUUUAAUAUUUCCUCUGGAUUGGUGUUAAUGAACAUUGUCUCCAUUUUUUUUAAUAAAAGGAAAAUUCUUGCAUUAAACUUUUUAAGGUGUUCAAUGUAUUUUUAACAGCUAUUUGACAUUUAAAAACUUGCUUUUUAAAUUGAUACUUUAUAAAACAUAUUUUGCAUGAUAUUUAACAGCUAGUCUAGUUCUCAUUAUGUAUUAUCUUUUGUUUUUGUUGGUGUUGUUUUAUGAGAAUAACAUUGCAAGAUGGUUGCAGCAUUAACUCCCUUUUUUUUAUUUUACAUGAAUAGAUUUCUUCUAUGCAUAUAAACAAUCAACAAAGAAACUGCAUCCCUGCCCUAAGCAAAUUCCUAAUAUAUGCCCCACCCCUAUGUAUAUGUUUUGUGGACACCAGUUAUGUCAUUUAUGUCUAUUAUUUUGUAAAUGGAGGAUUAUGUUAUAAUAUUGAUUUGGUUUAAUUAAACUAAUGGAAAACACAUUUGAAAAGCCAAUGAGAAUAAAACAAGCAGUAUUAUGUAAUUGGCUCUUUCUUUGUGCUUAGGUUAACUCAAGGGUUGUAUAACUGAUACAAUAUUCAAGUAAGAAAACCAUACUUAUGCUAACAUUUUUUUAAUCUGCCUUCUUGCCUUUAAAAGAUGGUAUUGGAAUCAAUUAUGUUUUUAUGUGUGUAAAGAGUACAUUUGAUGAAUAUUAUUUUUGUGAACUGUGUGCAGUUCAAGUAUAUAAGCUGUAGAGUUAAUAAAUACCUACUGGUUGAGGUGUAUGCUGGCCAGUAGUUUCUAGCUAUUUUGUCUCUAUAUAUCUGACUAUUAUUUGUGAACUGCUGUUUUUUAAGUCACUGUAAAAUGCAACAUAGUUUUCAUUAUUAGUGAUGAAAACAACUUGUGAAAAAAUCCUGACUGGUUGUAAUACUGUUAAUGCUACCAUCUAAAUAAAGCUUGUGACGAAUAGCAUGAAAGGUUGUAGCUGCCGAAAAUUCAUUGUCUAAUCAUUAUAAAGACAUGGUACUAACCAAUAAAUAGCCUUUUUGUACAAGCUUCAGGUUCUAAGAAUGUACAAAUCCAAGCUUAUUUGAGUUGUAUUAUUUAUAGACAGCUCAGACACUUAGUAAUAUGCACUUCAGUUCAUGAUUUUUAUUGGAAACUUUUCUUACUAUAAUAAAAUUCAUGUAUACUGGU